AUGGUAUCUAGUCGGCUGCACGUGCGGCCUUCAGUUUCGACACGUACGUCGACGGUUGUUCCGGGAAGUAGUGGUGAGCGCAGCGACUCGGGUGCGACGCCAGAGAGGCAGCACCGUCCCCAGCAGGAGCAGGAAGAGGAACAAGGGCACCUCGACAAGGCACAGGUGGCGUUCGCCAGCGAACUCCAGCACCACCUUGAGGAGCAGCGGCGGGCGAAGAAGGUUGUGGCGUACAUCCUGAUGGAGAUGCGACGCAUGUGGCGACGGCGCGAGAUGGAGGCAAACCUCGCUCUGCGCGCCGCCGUCGACCGCUUCAUCUACCACUCCGUCCUCUUCGCGUGGCGCUUUGAGCGGCGGCGGGUGCUGAACCUGCGUAAGCUCAUCCACCUGCUCGACCGCAAGACGGGCCGCGUGAGCGGGUGGGUGCCGUUCUACGCGAAGGACAACGUCUUGCAGGAUCGCUUCGUGUGGGAGCCGGCGCCGCCUCACCUAUCGCGCCCGCUGCGCGUCGUGCACCGCGCGAUGUGCCUGGCGCGGCAGCAGCGCCUGCUGCCAAUACGCAUUGUGCGGCAGCAGGCGCGNGAUGUGCCUGGCGCGGCAGCAGCGCCUGCUGCCAAUACGCAUUGUGCGGCAGCAGGCGCGCAAGAAGGUCGCCUCGCAGCACCUGCUGUUUGGCUACAAACGGACGCUGGUGGAGCCUUCCAUGACGACCGGUGUGCGGCUUCGCCACGAGCGGCGCUGCCGUUUUGCCGCGCCGUUUCAGCGGCCCUCUGCGAAGUUCUCGCCGCAGCUCGAGUGGCAGGACGGAACGCCGAAGGUCUGAGAAGAGUGCCUGUCAGGAACACGAAGGAGACAACGAAAACGGGCGGCCCGGAGUGGGCGGGUGGGAAAAACGGGGGGAAAAAAAAGAUACCGGGCGGCAUAUUUCUGGGCUUGCACGCCAUCAAAGUGAGACGUUGUCGACAUGCAUCAUACACUGAAGGCAUGUACGUUUAUGUAAAACUCAAUGAAUGA